AUGCUGCGCAAGAAAGAAACAUACACGAACUUAACCCCCAUCCCUCCCCAAGUACCCCGCCAACUAGCCCUCGACAUCCUCCACAGCCACAGCGAAAUUAUCACCCUCAAUCCGCUCGUACUCUCCCACCGCCCCAUCAAAGCCCCGCAGAACGCAGUCGCAGACGAAUAUUAUUCAACCUGGUACGAAAUCACCGAACGCGUCCAGUAUCUCCCGGGGAUUGGGAAGCUCGGCUCCAGCAAAAUCAGCUUCAAGGGUAGCUUCCACAAUACGCCAUGGGGCUUACAGACACACACCUACGGGCCUGUGGGCUUAGACCUGCGCAUUGAAUGGCGCAUCGGGGGAAACCAGCUCGACGAGCCCGAGACAGAAAAGACGGAAGAUGGGGUCCCUCGAGGGCUGUAUCUGCGCGAGGAUAUUAGUAUCGAAUGCAACAUGGCGCUUCUCUCGUUCGUGAAGAAAGAGCUGCAGGCUUCAUCGAAGGUGCUCGUCGACCGACUGAUGAAGAAAGCGGAGUUACUAGACGCGGGCGCGCUGGAGGGUAUAAUGGAAGAUGGAAGGUUGAGGACAUUUAAUCCGGCAGAUCGGUCGAAUAUACCGCCAGUGGACUGGGAGGCUGGCCGGGAGCCCCUGUCUCCAACGACGUCGGUGGCCCGGUCCAGGUGGUCGAUAUCGUCAGGAUCAAGGCGCAAGUCUGCUCCGCCCCACCAGUACAAGCAGGAUCAGAAGCCGAGCGUGGCGGUGGAGUUGCCAGGUAAUUUAUCACUUCAAUUGGGGUUGAGAAUUUGGCUGAUGUCGAACUAG